UGGUAGCAAAUCCAGCAUGGCGGCCGGACCGAUAGCUGAGAGAAAUCAAGGUUUGUAAAAUAAUGGUAGUCUUUACACCACAUCCCAAUGUUUCAAGUCAAGUAUUUUCUUUCGUACGAAUACUUAACGACUCAGACACAAGCCAAGCAAAGUAACUUAAGCUACUCGAUUAAAGACAAGGUGGCGCUUUCAUUACCGACAUUAGUUGUAGUCGUAAACAAAUUUUGAUGUAUCGCGGUGGCUCUUUUGUCGUAAAUCAAAAGAGUGUGUUCCUGUCCAAGGCCUCAAAACUUAUAAGCUACUUGAUUCCUCAUGGUAACCCAAUUCGAGGAUUCCGAAACGCAAAAGCGGCGGAGCAGUUCGCAUCUGAAGUACAAAGAAGAGAGACGAGUUUAGUUUGAAUGCCAACCGGAGAAAGCGCAAGUCAGCUAAAUCGGUCAUAAGGAUGGUUUUGAGGUUACUUGACAGCCUGGUGCUAAGACUACCAAUGUUUUUUUGCUCUGUUUAGGUACCCAGCAGCUGGAAAUUGUUUUCAAAAUACUAGAUACAUGUACCCAGCAACCUAGUAUCCACGUCUAAUUAAAAAAAAAGUCAACAUUAAAAAAAUGUUGAAAUUUACAUGUAUGCAGAGCUUUCGUCAUUUUUGUCCCGCCUUUCCAUCAAAUCAUCUCUUGUUUUCAUUGAAAUUGCUGCACAUUAAAAAUUGUCUCUUGUGUUUAAUACUACUAGUGAUGAGAAUGGAAAUAAGGAGAUACCAAAAAAAAGGAACAGUUUUUAUGAGAAACUCAAAACUCUGAAUGUGCUGCACCCUUUUUGGCAGAUUUCUUUGUUGUCAUCACGCAACUAUGUUGUCGAAGAUCACUGUUUCAUUAAAAGCAAUCAUUGGGACUUUGAUUUCAUUGGAAAUACCCAUACAGAGUCUUAUUAUGGCUACUUUCAGUUGUUCAAGCAUUAUAUUUAUGUAUUCUUUUAUUCUAACAUAUCAAUAAAGAUGACUGAUUUGUUGUUUCUAAGAUGCCACAAUAUAUGUUGGAGGACUGGAUGAAAAAGUUUCAGAGCCUCUUCUAUGGGAACUAUUUCUCCAAGCAGGGCCAGUUGGUGAGUUAAAAAUACACUACAAAACAAAGACCUGGGGAAGUUUUGAGGGUGUACUUGAAUAAUAAAAGGCCUGCCUAACCCAUAGCAUGCAUGAAAUACAAUUCUCAUGCACUUUUAUAAUGAUCUGGAAAUGAGUACAGUUACAACUCUGGUAUCUGCGGAAACUUACAUAAUAUUCUUUGAUGCAUUCAACAAUAAUAAUUAUGACUGUUAAGAAAAUUACAUGUUAAGUUAGAAGUGCAGAAAAGAAUGCUGCUCAAUUAAAAAAAAAUCUUUGUACAUUGUUCUAUUUAAAACUUAAUGUAACUGCAUGGUAUAUUAUUUAGUGACUUGUUUAAUGCAAACAAUAACAUAGUGAGUGGUUAAAUUCUCUAUUUCAGUGAAUGUCCACAUGCCAAAAGAUCGCAUCACACAGCUUCAUCAAGGUUAUGGAUUUGUUGAAUUCCUUGGGGAAGAGGAUGCUGAUUAUGCUAUUAAAGUCAUGAAUAUGAUCAAAGUUUAUGGAAAACCAAUUAGAGUUAACAAGGUACAAAUGUUAUCCUCAUUGUACAUAAUUACAUUGUAUUUGUGCCAAGUUCAUACUAACACCGUAAUUACCAAAUACUGUAAUUGCAAGGGCUAUGUAAUGCAAUGUAUAUGGCCUCAUUUUGUUCUUGUCUAUUUGAGAAAAAAUGAGCAUUAGCACUGUAAGUUAACUUCCAGUGUGAUUCCUGGGACUGCUGCUUUGGAACACUCAGGAGAGCAGUUCUACAUGUAUUAUAUUCAAAAAUAGUUGGUUAUAUUUUGGUCUGCUCCACAGCCGUCCUUUGUUUCAUCAUUAUUUUGUUCUGUUUUAAAUCUAUCAAGUACCUUCAAUUCAAAAGGAAUUCUGUUUGAAAAUGGUACAAGAGUAAAUCAAUCAAAGUCAAGCCUCAAAAUUUAAUUUUCAGCAAAACCAGCCAAACAACGAUUUUAUGACAGUGUUCCCUGGCUUUUGUUGAAGCUUUAUGUGAGUUCGCACCUGGUGAAGUAAUCAGGAUUUAUCUGCUGCCCUGGGCCAGGUGGUUCAAAGCUGGGUUAAGAUAACCCAGGGUUAGUGUGAAAUUUGAACUCAGAUAUGAGAGCUUAAAAGGCAAAUCCAGUUUAAAUCUCUUUGCCUACAAUUUGAUGAUUGGAUACUCUAAAAAGAAUAGAGAAAAAUUAUUUAUUAUCUGAGAGAGUGUUUUGAUAAAAAGAAGAAGAAACUCAUGUUAAAAUGUAACCCUGGGUUAGCUCUAUCUGGCAUUCAAACGACUGGGCCCAGAAAAUCAAAAACAAAAAUGUAAGGCCAAAGGCCCCCAAAUGGUACUUAAGUUCGGUAUCAUUUUUUUUUUCUCAUCCUUGGCCAUCACUGUACAUGUGAGUGUUAUACUCAUCAGGUAAAAUAUUUAAUUUUCAACUGAUUUGUUUCCAGGCAUCAGCACACAAUAAGAACCUUGAUGUUGGUGCCAAUAUCUUCAUUGGAAAUCUUGAUCCAGAAAUUGAUGAGAAGCUGUUAUACGACACAUUCAGUGCUUUUGGAGUGAUCCUUCAAACCCCAAAGGUACCAUCAAACGUACAGUAUAUAUCUAAUUAAAAAAAAAAGGUUCCUUCUAGGCAAUUGGUCAUUGUCAAUGAUAUUGGUGAUUGAGUAUUUGAGCAUACAGAUCUUGCGGCAAUGAAUUGCGUGAUUGACCACCAAACAAUGGCUUCCAUGUGCACAUCUUUAUUGAAUCAGGUUUACACUCACUCUACCUGGACAUGUAAUAUACAAAUUUAGCCAGAGCUAAAAGCAAAGCUCUGUUUUAUUCAUUUUAAAUUUACUGCAUACAAUGGACUUUAACAUUAUGGGAAAACCAUAUGACUGAAAAACAUAAACUUGAGCCUAGGAUGAAUUGAAUUAAAAGCUAACAACUGGUCAUUUUUUGAUAAUUUAGUAAGGGGUGUACGUGAUUCAAUAAUAAUAAUCAUCUUUAUUGAGGAAACUUUUUCAUAAAUGAUAUGGUUUUCAAAAAGGACCUCAAAACUAGAUAUAUAUUAUAAAAACAAAAAAAGCUAUAAAAUUGCAAAGGGAUUAAAAAGAUACAAAAAAUGCAUAAAAAAUUAAAAAUAAGUAUAAGUAAAAAUUAAACGUAAGUAGCUAUAUUAAAAACUUAAAAACAUUACGUUUAAAACUAUUAACAUUCCUUGAGUCUUUGAUCGUCUGACUGAGGAAGUUAAAAUCGGAAACGGCAUGAUAUUGUGUUCUUUGCUUCCCCCAAUUUCUUUUGACACGUGGUAAUCUAAAAUUGCCUUUGUUACGUGUAUUAUGCCUAUGAAGUACGUCUUGUCUAAUCAAGUCCAUAUCGUGAUUAAUUAGGCCAUUGAUGCAUUUGUGUAUUCAUGCAUUUGUAUAUGCAUUUGUACAUUUGUCUUUUCUCUAGAAAAUCGCCUUUUCUCAUUGUAUAGUAUUGUAUUCUGGUCAGUGCAUAAAGAAAUGUGUACAUUCAUCAUGUGGUACAAACUUAUUCUGUAAUAAUAGUAGCCAGUCUGUUUCCAAGGUCACCCUCAUCCUUUGUUUCAAAGUGAGGCUACAUGUAAUUGACCACUCCAGAAAUACCAUAACAUACCAUAAUGCUCUUUGUUUGUCACCACAAAAUUUUGCAUAAGCAUUGUCUUAAGUUUCUCUCUGGAGUUAAAAUGGCCCCAAGAGAAACUGAAAACAAUGCUUAUGCAAAAUUUGGGGUGACAACAAAGAGCAUUAUGGUAUGUUAUGGUAUUUUCUGGAGUGGUCAAUUAUGAAGCUACAUGUAUUGAUUUGACAUGAUUUAUCUUUAAAUUUUCCUGCAAACAAUUUAUUAUUACUCAUUUUUACUGUAGCGUUAUUUGGAAAGUAAGCUGUUUUGUAACUCAAAAAUGGCCCAUUGUUUUCCCAGUGAAUGUUAAUGUUUGAUGUUUACAAUAACACUGCCCCUCAUAAUAUUUCACAUCUCUUUAUUCCUACUCAACAAAUCCACUCUUACAGCACUCGCUCCUCCUCUUCUGGAAAUUAUUACAUUAGCCACUCUAAACUAAAUCAGAAAAAUGAUUCGUUUUCUAUUAUGGGAGCCAAAAUUUGGAAUAGUAUACCUGAAAAUUUACGAAAUUCUUCAAAAUCUCUCUUUAAGGAAAAAGUUCAUACAAUUCUGUUGAAAAUAUUUGAAGUUUAGGAUAGAUAUGCCGACCUAAACACGAUAAUCUCUGAUUUUAAAAAAUAUUAGCCCCCGCUUAUCUAAAUAGCUGCCUCGAUUUUCUUAUCUCAAUUUCUCUCGUGACUGACCUUUUUCAUUAUAAAUAUGGUUCUUUUUCACUUCAACUUUUCGUAAGAAAUCUUAAGCCGUCUACACACCACCUGCCUCGAUUAGCCUUGCUAUUUGCAGGUGGUGUGAUAUUUGUAUAUUUAAUGUAAGAAAUAAAGAUGUUGUUGUUGUUGUUGUUGUUUGAAGUGGAAUUGGUAUAGAGCUUUAUUAUUAUUAUUUUUUUUUACCAGAUUUCUAGAUUUAAAAAUUAUUCAUAAAAUGCCAAAACAGUAAUUUAUUUAUGCAGAAGUUUGUUCCAUAAAAAUUAAUCAAUCAAUCAAUCAAACACUUUAUUUCACUUGUAAUAAAUUGAUAGCAAAAUUGCUAAUGUUGCUAUUGUUAUUGAAGCAGUAGAAAAUAUUUCCAUGUUUGCAUGCAUGUAGCCUGGUAUAAACAUGAGAGGAGUAGGGAGAAUUGGAGACAGUUAUGCAAACUCGAGACAAAGUCAAGGGUUUGCAUAACUGUUGAGAAUUCUGUCAACCCCUCAAAUCACUGAAUCUCUCCUAAGUUGAAUUUUUCAGAUAUACAGUGUAUGAAUUCACAGAAUUACCAACCCCAAAAAGGCAAAAAUCUUUGUUUUUUUUUUUUAAAUAUAUUUUGUAAGGCUCAUAAAAAAUUUAAUGUGUUUUGUCCUGUAUGGCCUCCUCAUCGCUAAUUACAUUUGUAUGGAACUUUCCUUUUUUUGACCACUUUUUGAUUCCCUGAAGGAGGCAAAGCAUUUUAAAAGCAAAUUCCUGUGCAUAGCAGAUGUGCACACCAUGAAGGUAGUGUUCUGAUUGGACAGCUAAAGUGAAAUACACUAUACUUAUUUAUGAUAUAAACACCAAUGAAUUACCAAGUGAGCUUUCGCGCAAAAACUUGAUAUCUUCAUGUGUGAAAAUAACAUGUUAUCUUCACAUGUGAAAAUAUCACCGUUGCUAUGGCUACAUAAUAAGUCACGCCUUUCACACCAAAAAACUAUUAAAGUGAAAUGGUUUGGUAGUUCAUUGGUGUUUAUAUAAUAAAUAGAACAUUACAUGGCCGCUUGGAGAUAUGAAAUUUCUCUUAUCGUGUUGAAAAAAUUUUUCUCUCGUUCGCUGCGCUCACUCGUGAAAUAUUUUUCAACACUCAAAGAGAAAUUUCGUAUCUCCACGCAGCCAUGUAAUAUCCUAUGUGUAUGUACAGUGUUUACACCAGACGUGGUCUUCUUUUUUAGAUAAUGCGUGAUCCUGAAACAGGCAACUCCAAAGGUUUUGCAUUCAUUAACUUUGCAAGUUUUGAAGCAUCUGAUGCAGCCAUGGAGGCUAUGAACGGACAGUAUUUGUGCAAUCGACCAAUCACAAUAUCUUACGCAUUCAAGAAAGAGUCUAAAGGAGAAAGGCAUGGAUCUGCAGCAGGUACUUGUGAAUCAAUCAUAAUGUGCAGCAGUCCAUAACUUGUACACUUAACUGUCUUUUAAUAAAAUAAUUAACAAUUAUUGGACACUUGAGGUGGAGCAAAAUAUCAUUAUUUGUCGGUGGCAAGCAGAUCAAUUAUUUGCUUCAGCCUUCAGCUUUGGCAAAUAAAAUUAAUGAGCUGCGAGACUGUGACAAAUCACAAUAUAUUGUGUUAGCCGAGUCUAUUGUUUUAUCAUUCAGUCACUGAAUUUUUUUUUUUUUUAAAUGAAUAUCUUCUGGAAGCAAAGCAAUCUGCCAUUUUCAUGCAAGAGUGAUCUCAAGAAGGAGAAAAGCUUUCAUUUAUGCAUGAGCAGAAUAUUACUCACAGCCAAACAAAGUUGGGUGACAUUGCUCCUGAGCAGACCAUUAUUUAUAGACAGUUAUUGGCAGGUCACGUGGUGGGCUGUCGGCCAAUAAAGAGGAAGAAAAAUCUGCAAUGUUCAAUUGACAGUACAGUGUGUCAUGUGUAUGUUAAAGGUUGAAAAAAUGCAAGUUAAAUUAUUAUUGGAUAAGGCUGAGUACAGCUACCAUAAAUAGUGAAGAGUAAUGCCAGUCAAGGAGAGUCAUUAUAAUAUUCCUAUGAUACUUAGAGAAUAGAUUAUUGGAUCCCUAGCUCUAGCCAGACAUUCAGAGAGGUACUCUCAUCUCUACUUACCUUGAAAUAUAUACAUGAGUGUAACAGAGUUCUUUGUAAAGAAUUCCAAAAGGCCUAUCACAGUUUGAUAUUCCUCCAAGAUGUUGACUAUGACAGUAUAGUCUUGAAGUGAAAGAGCCCGUUCAUUAUUAGCUCACUGCUACUCAUUUUAAAGAAAAAUAAGGGAGGGCUGAGCUGUAUUUUUGUUAAAGGGGUCAGUUUCAACUUGGCUAACUACUUUCUCCUAAACAUCCCUUCCCUGGCUUCUUCAGGACUUUUACAACUCGGGCUUAAAAGGAAAAAAAUGACUGGCUACACCUGACCUGUGUACAAAUUACAUUGUAAUGAUAUAUUAUUUAUUAAUAAUAAUAGUAAUAAUCCAUUUAUAUAGCGCCUUUUCUACAAGAUUCAAAGGCGCUGUUUACAAAAAUUAGAUAAAACUAAAAAGUAAAAAUAAUCACAAGAAAUUGACAUUAAAACUGGAAGCUAACUACAACAUAGAUAAAUGUACACAAUAGAUAAAAAAUCAGAUAACAAAUAACAACAUCAUGAUUCAUAAGCUCGCAUAAAAAGAAAUGUUUUAAGUUUGCAUUUUGAUAUCCUCAGGUAAGUUAUUCCAAAGUUCCGGAGCAGCAACAGAAAAAGCUUGUUUACCAUACAAAUUGAGAUUAAGAUAGGGUUUAACUAAUAAAUUUCUAUUAGAGGAUCUAAGAUUGCGGCUGGAUGUAUACAGUUGAAGGAGUUGCUGUAUAUAGAUUGGAGCUCGAUCAUGUAGUACUUUGUAUGUAAUUAACAUAAUUUUAAAUUCAAGACGAAAGGAGACAGGGAGCCAGUGAAGAUCCCUCAGGACUAGAGUAAUUAGAUUCAUGUUAUUUCUAAAAGUCACAUGUAUAGUAUAAUAUUCUCAUAUAAUUCUGAGCACACUGUGCGACGGUUCAUACAGCAAAUACAAAGCAUAGUUAUGGAGGUUUGACAUUAUUUUGAGGCCAUGUUUUAUCAUUGUAUCAAUAAGUUGUUCAAAUUGCAUUUAAACACCAGCGGCAUGAAAAUUAAUGAGUGUUUCCAUGGCAUGACAAUAGGACUCUCUGAUAGCCCUGAGCUACAUGUAAUGGAGUGACUUGUUGGACUAGCAUGUGCAGAAUACAUUGAAAUAAAUUUGUAUUAGUGAAACGGGGUUGGUAGGCCUGCACUGCAUGACUGCUCCAGGGUAGUUAACUUCAGCAGCAGCUUGCCCUUUGGGUUUCCUGUUCAAUGUGGCAGUACAGAUAUAUUGUUACCUUAAGAGAGGUGUACUGCUGUUUACAUGUACAUGUAAUUUCUAAUUUGCAAUAUAUUAUAUUUGCUUUCUAAACAGAACGCCUCUUGGCAGCCCAAAAUCCUCUUGCUCAAGCCGACCGACCUCAUCAGCUGUUUGCAGAUGCACCGCCCACUCCUGUGGCAGCUGCUUUACCCCCAGCACCCCCAGCUGUUAUGCCACCUCCAGUAAUGACUGUACCAGUACCCAGCGCUGUACCCAGUAUGCCUCCUAUGCCGGUAUCAGGACCCCCAAUGCCACCUGUUCCACCAGGCAUGCCUCCUCCAGGUAACAGCUGUCAACUGUUAAUUUUCUUUGUAUAUACAAAACCCUUUUAUUUCCAACAGAUCACUACUUUCUACUUUAUUUUAUUUAUUAUACACUUACAAUGUACCAUACAGUGUACUGCCAGAGAGAAAAAAUGUAAGUCAGAACAUUCACCUGUAAUAUUAUUUGCUUCGAGUUUUUUCUGGAAUUGUGACUGUAGCAUUUUUGGCUAGAUUAUCAUAAAACUAUAACACUUCCAUUAUUGGCUACGAGGCUUGGAGAAAUAAAACAGAAACGUAUUAUUCAUUGCUGAGCUUCAACAUGAUUUCAUUUCUUUUAUUCGGCCAAGCCUCGUAGCCAAAUAUGAAUUUUAAUAUAUCAAAAUUGGUCGUUUUUUCCUUUUUACCACAUAGGUAUGCCUCCUCCUGGAAUGAUGCCACCACCUGGUUUCCCGCCACCUGGAAUGUUUCCACCCAGGAUGCCUGGUAUUCCACCACCGCCUGGACAGCCUCCUGAUCAACAUCCUCCCCCACCACCACCAGGUCAAAUGCCACCACCUCCUCCCCACAUGGGAGGGCAGUUCCCACCACCACCCCCUCCAAAUAUGAUGCCACCUCAGGUGAGUCUUCUACACACAGCUGUUUUUGUGUUUGUUGUCACGCAAUGAUCCUUCCCAGGAGUGUUGUGUGACAACACCAAAAUGGCUGUGAGGGAAACUAGGGGAGUUAUGUACAAAAUAAUUGCGUAAAAGUUAUCGGGCUAGUCUUUGGUGCUUUAUCAGUUUGGGAGGAAAAAACAAGUGUGGCAACAUGCUGUGAUCUGCCUGAGGCCCUAAAGAAAAUUCUUAAAUGUUAAAGGAGUGUUUGGAAAACAGAUCAUGUUCUUAUUAGCAUUUUAGUUUUUUUUUUUUUUUUUUUUUUUUCUUAAAUAAUUUUUUUUCAGAAGAAAUGUUUGACAUUUUACACUAAAUUUCUGGUCACAAUACAUAAUGUACAUGUAUGAAACUCCUUGAAAUUGAUCAAAACAACUCCUCUGCAUGUCAUAAUUUCAUAUUUCUUCUCAAUGUUUGAUCCUGUGAUGUUUUAGUAACACAGUGUUUCAUAUUUAACAUAACACUACUUGAGUCCCGGCUGGCUCUUUGGACAACCAGCUCUUACAUUAUUUUUGCUUGCCUAUGGGGUUGAGUUGCAUUCUUGGCAUAGUACACUUUAUUGUUUGUAAAGCUGACGUGCCUUGGCCCUUGUCCAUCUGCUAUGCUUAGGGGUAUAGAAUGGUAAAUGUGAGACUUUGCGAGUCUGCGAGACCCAGGUUUCAAGAUUCGAGACUGAGAUCGAUACUCUCUAAGAUGCAAGAUCACCUAAAAAAGAGAUUUGAGACCCAUCAAAAACACUUCUAAAAUUUUGAGAUUGGGCCGAAAUUUUCCGAGACCCACGUUUUUCAAGGAACCAUUCUAUACCCCUAAGCUUGAAAAUUGACUUGCCUGUCAAGAAAGUGUACUUGUCCCAGAAAAUCCAGAGAGCACUUGCUCCUGAGGACCUGCUUUAGUGAAGAUUUGACUAUAAUCUGUAACAUUUUCACUUAAAUGUUUUUUCCACCAGCCUCCGCUAGGCCAUGGUCCUCCCCCAGACCAAGGCGGGAUGCCACCCAGACCUCCUAUGCCAUUCCAUCCUCCUCCUGGUGGUAGACCACCCAUGAUGCGUGAUAUGGGACCACCUACCGGUAAUAUACCAAGUUUGUUAAGUUCCGGGCCCCAGCCACUGAUGCAGACACCUAUCAGAAUGCCGCCUGGAGGUGAGUAUAGUCUGACAACUUGCUCUCAAUAAAGCACAGUGCUUGCUUGCAAGCUUGAUUGUGUAAGAGGGAGAAAAAAACCGUUGGAAAGUUGCUUCUUCCAAAGCUCUAAUUUUACACAUGUACAUAUGGCCCCUUGUAAGGGAAUCUUGGAUUCUGGAUUCCAUGCAAUGGAUUCCGGAUUCCAGGUACUGGAUUCCGGAUUCUUUGUCAGUGGAACUGGGAUUCUGGAUCCCAAUCGCUAGUGAGAUCUGAGUUCCUAGAGCUGAAGUCCGCAUUCCAAAGCCCAAGAUUCCGGAAGAUUCCACACGAAACAUUUCUCUGAUUCUGAGUCCACAGGCAUUAUUUCUCAGAUUCCUGAAUCCGGAUUCCCUUACAUGGCAUUGGGGCGAUGCAAAAGUCCCUUUUAUGUUAUAUUACACGUGAUCUUCUUUUCUGUGUUUAUUUUUUGUGUAAAUCCUCAUAAUCAACUCCAUCAAAAUCUCUCUUUUUCAGGUCCUAUGCCUCCUGGUGGGCCGCCAAGGUUUCCGCCUCCUCCACCUCCUCACUGAUCUGUACCAAAAAAUUGGAUCCGUGCUCGUUGACUGUUUUGUCGUUCAAAGAAAAAGGAACAACUUCAACUAAGAUAAUAUCACGUCGGAAUUUUCAUGAAAAACAGCUUGGAAGAGAGAAGCAGUGAUGGAGAAAAGUUACUUCUUAAGAAGACGCAAAAUAACUUACAACUUCGACCUUAGACUACGUCGAAACAAAAGCUUGUGCGUCCUUUUAUUUCAGAGGACUAUAAUGGAUCCGUUGACAGUGAAUGUGAAUUAGAUAGAUCAGCUUGAAUUGAGUUUUUUUGUACCAAAUUGUACCAAUAGACCAAUUCCGACGUAUUAAAAUUCAUACUUGGCUGCGUUUCUUGGGGGAAUAAAACAAAAGAAAUGAUUUUGAAGC